AUGAGGUGGAGGACAAUCCCAUCACAGUACUGUUUUCUCUUGGUUACAUGCCUACUUGCUGUUUUUGAAGCUGUGCCUAUAGACAUAGAUAAGACAAAAGUAAAAAAUACUGAACCUGUGGAAAAUGAAAAGAUAGAACCACCAGAUACUGGACUUUAUUAUGAUGAAUAUCUGAAACAAGUGAUUGAUGUGCUGGAAACAGAUAAACACUUCAGAGAAAAGCUCCAGAAAGCCGACAUAGAGGAAAUAAAGAGUGGAAGGCUAAGCAAAGAGCUGGAUUUAGUAAGUCACCAUGUGAGGACAAAGCUAGAUGAACUGAAAAGACAAGAAAUAGCAAGGUUAAGGAUGCUAAUUAAAGCAAAACUGGAUUCCCUUCAAGAUGUAGGCAUAGACCAUCAAGCUCUUCUAAAACAGUUUGACCACCUAAACCACAUGAAUCCUGACACGUUUGAAUCCAAAGAUUUAGAUAUGCUAAUCAAAGCGGCUACAAGUGAUCUGGAAAACUAUGACAAGACUCGGCAUGAAGAAUUUAAAAAAUAUGAAAUGUUGAAGGAACAUGAAAGGCGAGAAUAUUUAAAAACAUUGAGUGAGGAAAAGAGAAAAGAAGAAGAGUCUAAAUUUCAAGAAAUGAAGAAGAAACAUGAAAAUCAUCCCAAAGUGAACCAUCCAGGAAGUAAAGAUCAACUGAAAGAGGUGUGGGAAGAGGCUGAUGGUUUGGAUCCUAACGACUUUGAACCCAAGACAUUUUUCAAAUUACAUGAUGUCAAUAAUGAUGGCUUUCUGGAUGAACAAGAAUUAGAAGCCCUCUUUACUAAAGAGUUGGAGAAAAUAUAUGACCCCAAAAACGAAGAGGAUGAUAUGAUAGAAAUGGAAGAAGAAAGGCUUAGAAUGAGGGAGCAUGUAAUGAAUGAGAUUGAUGUUAAUAAAGACCGGUUGGUGACUUUGGAGGAGUUUUUAAGAGCUACGGAAAAAAAGGAGUUCUUGGAACCAGAUAGUUGGGAGACAUUGGAUCAGCAACAGUUCUUCACAGAAGAAGAAUUGAAAGAAUAUGAAAAUCAAAUAUCUUUGCAAGAAAAUGAACUUAAGAAGAAAGCAGAAGAGCUUCAAAAACAAAAAGAAGAGCUACAACGUCAGCACGACCAACUUGAGGCUCAGAAGAGGGAAUAUUAUCAGGUUGCACAGCAAAUGGAACAAAAAAAGUUACAGCAAGGAAUUCCCCCAUCAGGACCAGCUGGAGAAUUGAAAUUCCAGCCACCCAUUUAAAGUCUGAAGUCCACCAGAACCUGGAAGAAAACGGUUAACUCAUCAUGUUUCAUCUUUUUACCUCUCUUCUUCCCUUUUCUCUGCUCAAUAAAUAUCUUAAAA